AUGUUACCAAGCAGUGAACCAUCCAAAAAUCCAUCAGCUCCUCCAUCAGAGUCUCCGUCAUUGAUGCCCAGCUCAAGUCCGUCACUAUCGCCAUCACAGUCUCCUACAGCAAUGCCAUCACCGUCGCCAACUGUGUAUGGCACUGGUCCAAUUGUGAAUGUGGCAACCAAUGAGUGCAUCACUGUGGCAACAGCCACAAACUCUGAAAGGAUCUACUUCGCUCCUUGUGAUGGUUCUAUCAAUCAGAGGUGGCUCUAUGAUACCAGCACUAAAGCAAUCAAGCCAGUGUCAGAUGGAGGUAUUUGUUUUGACCAUGAUAUCGACAGCGCGAACAUCGAUGUUACGAUAUACAACUGCCAUGGUCUUGACAACCAACAAUGGUUUUCCAAUGAUCGCAAUGAGCUCAAGUGGUUUUCAGAUGUGGACCGAGGUAUCCUGCAGGAAAAGUGCAUGGAUUAUGAUGGCAGCAAGUUCGUGGUCAUGCUUGACUGCGACGGUAGUGACAACCAAAAGUUCACUUUUGUGCCUGGUUUUGACAUUGUCACCCUUGGCACUGGGCUCAUCAGCAUUCAGUACAAUGGUGAGUGCAUCGAAAUGCAAACAACAGGGGAGCAACUGAUCACAAUGCAACCAUGUGAUUCUGGAAACCCCCUGCAAUUGUGGCAGUACAAUCCACAAAAUGAGGCAAUCUACAUGCCUGGUUAUGGAUGUUGGGACUCUGGAAAUCAGCCUUACGUACUCGGCCAUUGUCAUCAAGGUCAGUAUCAACGAUGGUACUCAUCCGGCUCGGCCAAUUUGAAAUCUCGUGUGUCAAAUACAUGUUUGGAUUGGUCUAUUGACUUCAGUUACUUAUACAUGGAGUCAUGCAGUGGCGCGAAUGAUCAAACAUUCUAUGUGCCAACCAACUUUUUUGGAUAA